AUGACUAAGAUGUAUGAAGACCUCCGGAAAUCCUUCUGGUGGCCUGGAAUGAAGAAUGAUGUAGCUCGUUUUGUGGCGUCAUGUCUAACAUGUCAACGUGCGAAAACGGAGCACCAGAGACCGGGCGGCUUACUUCAGCAGUUGGAAAUUCCUGAAUGGAAGUGGGACAGCGUCUCCAUGGAUUUCGUGACUCACCUACCCCGCACUGUCAAGAAUCACGACUCCAUCUGGGUUAUAGUAGAUCGAUUGACUAAGAGCGCCCACUUUCUACCAGUCAACUUGAAGAUGUCGAUGACCAACCUGGCCAAGCUGUAUAUCAGAGAGAUCGUUCGCGAAUUGGGAAGCAAACUGCAGAUGAGUUCAGCUUAUCACCCUCAAACGGACGACCAAUCUGAGAGGACCAUCCAGACGCAUGAAGACUUAUUGAGGACGUGCGUCCUAGAUCACUUAGGCGCUUGGGAUGAAGUCUUGCUGCUAGUGGAAUUCACCUACAACAACAGCUUUCAGUCUAGUAUUGGAAUGGCGCCGUUUGAAGCUCUCUACGGGAGGAAGUGCCGAACGCCACUUUGCAGAGCCGUUCGACCAAAGAAGUUAUCUCCCAAGUUCGUCGGACCUUAUCAAAUAUUGCGGAAGAUCGGACCAGUGGCGUAUGAGUUGUCCUUACCUCCUCAACUAUCUAACCUUCAUCCAGUCUUCCACGUUUCCCAACUCCGGAAGUACAUAGCUGAUCCCUCUCACAUACUGGAGUUGGAAGACGUUCGUCUUGGUCAAGACUGGACGCUGGAGAUGCAACCAGUCCGUGUGGAAGAUAGCCGCACCAAGUACUACAGGGGAAAAGACGUUCGUUUAGUGAAAAUGGUGUGGAACGAAAAGACUGGCGACUCUACAUGGGAAGUGGAGGAUGCCAUGAAGGACUUGUACCCUCACCUAUUUCCGAGAAUAAAACUUUCUAGCCUCUUGAAAGUGCUUCAUCACCGUGCACACUAUGGUCCACAUUCACGUGAAUCACUCUUCACGGUUCCAGCACUUCUAGCACCGUUUGCUUCCAGCAGUGACAUCAUUUUCAACCUCAACGCUGCUUGCAGCCGUGGCAGUAGCGUGCUUCUUCCACCAACCAAACCGUACAGCAACUCUCGCACAAAGAAAACAGAAUUCUACUCACCAGCCAAGAUGAAAAUGGUUCACCGAAUGCACAUCACAAGUCCUGGAAUCAGCGCAUCCUCUUCCAAAAUAAAGCCCACCAUACAGUUUAAUAAUGAAGCACUACUGGACCUAAACUUCACUCCAGUUCAUGAGCCAAAAUGA